CAACCGAAUACCGAUGGCAGUCCGUCCUAUAUCGAAGGAUAUCGUUCUCAGUAAGGCCAAGUCGCUCAACAUCCCCUGUUAUGAACAAGAAGCGGAGAAAAUCACAGAAUGUAUAAAUGUCAUCUUGCGGUCUUACGAGCGGUUGGAUGAAAUAGUUGAGGUCGUGCCUGAGGUUAAAUAUGGCCGCACUUGUGGACACCGCCCUACGACAGACCAAAACCCAUACAACGCUUGGUAUUACAAGUGUGACAUCAAAGGUGCCGCUACAGGUAAACUAUCAGGUAAACGAGUGGGGAUCAAAGACAACACGGCUGUGGCGGGAGUCCCGAUGAUGAACGGCUCUAAGAUAAUGGAAGGUUACGUUCCUGAGUUUGAUGCCACCGUAGUAACAAGGGUCCUAGAUGCUGGAGGGCAUAUUGUGGGAAAAGCUGCUUGCGAUGACAUGUGCUUUGAUGCAGGAGGCUUUACAAAUUCUAUAGCACCCGUCUUAAAUCCAGUCGAUAAGCGCCAUCUGGCGGGAGGGUCGAGUUCUGGCUGUGCGGCUUUGUUGGCAGCAGGUGAGGUUGAUUUGGCGGUUGGAGGAGACCAGGGAGGAUCUAUCAGAAUCCCCGCUGCGUGGUGCGGUGUAGUGGGACUCAAGCCUACCUACGGACUGGUACCGUACACAGGGGCAAUGGCCAUGUUACCAUGCAUUGAUCACCUAGGGCCUAUGACCAGAAAUGUGUCCGACUGUGCACUGCUACUCGAGGUGCUUGCGGGAUAUGACGAUGGCAGAGACCCAAGGCAGAUACAGGAUGUGUCAACACAGGAUUAUACAGCUAUACUUUCCAAAGAUCUGACGGGAAUGCGCAUUGCUGUUGUUGAAGAGGGAUUCCACGGCGCUCAGCAGGAAGUAGAACAAGUUGUCAGAAAUGCUGCUCUCAAGUUAAAAGACUUGGGUGCCGUGGUAGAGAGCGUCAGAGUUCCAAUACAUCCAGAUGGAUUUCACAUUUUCACACCACUUACGAUGGAGGGUGCCUACCAAACAAUGAUGAAAGAUCACGGUUUUCCUGCUGGCCUCAGAGGAACUCGCUUUUUGUCAUUGCUGGAUGAAGUAGCACAUCGACAGACAUCACGUCCUUUUAAUUUUUCUGAGCCAUUGCGUCUAGCAAUGAUUCUCGGGAAACACUUAAUGACGACCUACAAAGGCAGGUUCUACGCACGGGCACAGAAUCUGGUCCGUCUCCUCACAGCUGAAUACAAUAAAGUGUUGGAGAGUUAUGACGUCAUGAUAAUGCCGACUACAUUGAAAACUGCCCCUAAUGUGUUGCUUCAGGACUCCUCUGUCGCCGAAAGACUAACGGCUGGCAGUGGCCUGGGAAGGAAUACAGCUCCGUUCAAUGCAACUGGUCAUCCUUCUCUCUCAGUGAAUGCUGGUCACGUGGGCGGUGGACUUCCGGUGGGCAUGAUGAUUACUGGCAGACAUUUUGAUGACGCUACGGUCCUCCACGUGGCAUAUGCCUUCGAACAUAUUAGAGAUAACCCCACAUUUACUUCAAUAUAA